UAGCUUGGGACUUUCCAGUGUACGAGGUCGUCUUCAAUUUUUUCAGGAGGGCAAGAAACGAAAGAGGGGAAGAAAAAAAGCCGGCUUCAUCGCAUCAGUUUUAAUACAAAGAGCUUAGUCUUCGUUUAAUUUGUUGACAGCCAACAAUGCAAACUAAUAUGAAUAACCGUCUAGAAAACGUGCUCAGCAAAAUUCUAGAGAACAAGAUGUUCUCCGACUGUUGUAUAUUGGUAGAAAACCAAUCUUUCGCUUGCCAUAAGAAUAUUUUGGCUGGUGCAUCAGAGUUUUUUCAGCGAAUGUUUCUGGGUAAUUUCCAGGAGUCCAAAUCGAGUGAAAUUUGCUUGGAAGAGGUGAAGGCAAAGACAUUUAGCCACUUCCUUCAAUAUGUGUAUUCUUACAAAAAAGAAAAACUCGAAAUGCAUUCAAAUGAGAUGUUAGUUGAGCUCCUCAGACUCGGUUCCUCCUGGCUGGUAGAUUCCAUCCAACAGGAUUGCUUAAAAAUCCUACAAAUUCGGAUCGAGAGUAUGAUAAUCAGCGAUCUUGUCCCGGUUUUUCAGGGCGCCCACGACACAAACCAUAAAGAGCUCCAGGAAUGCUGUAUUGAGCGCUUGAAGAGAAUCUUUUUGCAAAGUAAUAACUGUUUCGCAAUGGACGCGAUGGAACUGACUUCAGAUGUCUUCGAGCAGUACCUCAUUGCCAGCGGAGGAAGAGUGCCCGAAAUCGAACGUUUCAAAAUGAUCGAGUUUUAUGUUAAAAUGCAUGGACUUUAUGCCGAUUUCGCCGAGAAUUCAGAGGAUGUUGUCGAUGAUGAAAAUAAAGAAAUUAAGUUAAGAGUAACUUCUAAAGAAAGCGAUUUAAAAGAACCAGAACCGAAUGAUAAACCAGGAACUUCUAAGGCGAUUUGCCAUAGCAGUGGAGAAGCUGCAGAUGAUGCAAUAGGCGAUCAAAAAGAAAGCGACAUACAACGAACGCAUCUUAAAUAUAUAAAAACUUUGCUGGGCUACAUUGACUAUAAACUUAUCACUUUUACUGAAUUUAACAGCGUUAUUACCAAGUCUAAUUUGUUAAACGACAAGGAGAAAAAUCGCUUAGAAUUACGCUAUUAAAAAUAUUUUCGAAUGAAUCGAACGUAUCUAUAAGUUUUACUUAAAAAAAACUAUGUUAUCAAACAAAAAAUAGAAUAAAAGAAUAUCUUUUAUGUUGCUAAAACUGUUUAAAAGUAUUUCGAAAGUAAUGAAUAUUUACGUCCGUGGAUUGGAGCAAAAACGUUGUUUUUUCUAUUAUUGUUUAUUCGUCUGUAAUAAAAUGUAUCCUUUUCAUAUG